AUGCCGACGCCAGGCCUUUGGCAGUAUCAAGUCAUCUACAACGGCACCGGCGAGGACAAUCAGACGAUGCUGUGUAUGCAGUCCAUUGACGGCAUGGACCCCUGCAGGCGCCAAGACACCGAGGACGCCGCAUCCACCCAGCUGAUUUUCGGGUCUUGCUACUAUUACAACGUCACAUCAGGCAAGACGCGCCUGCGACGCAAGCAGCUCGGCUCCAAAUACAGCAUCACGGACGCAUGCCUGAAGCCCUCUGGCGCGCAGGACUUUUGGCCCCAGGGCGCCACCAACACAGAGUGGACCCUCGAAAAGGGAAAGGCGGAGGGCACGCUGGUGCUGUCUAUGGUGGAGGACCGAGCCGAGGACCAGUGCAAGGGCGCCGCGCCGCGCCGGUCGCGGCGGACGGAGAGCGUCACGCUCACCCUGAUAUCCGGCUGCGCGCUGAGCACUACGCGCGCCGGCGGCGGCUGCGACACAAACGUGAGCACAUGCAAGCCCUGUGGGCCUGAUCAGGUCAACGUGACGACCUGGCUGUCAUUUGCCGGCAGCAUCUCGAUGUGCGUCAACAAGUCAAGCUUCUGCCAUGUGGGGGAGACAUUCUUUGGCUGCCCGGACGGCUUCUGGGGCGCCUCGAUCCGCGGCAACUCCCUUGAGUGCCGCGCCUGCGAGCCGGGGACGUACCGAGCAUGGGCCGCCCGCAGCACCUUCCAGGGCCGCUCCGGCGGGCCGCUGCUGCUGAGCACGUGCGUGCCUUGCGUCGUUCUCCAAGACAGCGGCUGGGCAGCGCGGGCGUGCGCGGCGUGCCCGGCAGGGCAGGUCGCCCAGAAGCAGUUCUCGCCCACCAAGUGCAUGAACUGCCCGCCGGUGAGCGCGUGCGCUGGCAUGUAUCAAGAUGAGGAGGGCAAGCAGUCCUGUAAGAUUUGCAGCACCCCCUGGAAGUGCUACCCCGAGCUGUCUGUGAACCUUGGAAAGUUCGCCGACGUGCCCUUCCGCUUCAACGGCCCUUUGGGGGAGCCGGAGUGCAUGUCACUGGACGGCAAGAACUGUUGGCGGCAGGACAACUUGACUUGCGGCGCAAAGGUCAAGAUGAUACCAGAUCUGGAAAAGGCGGGAAGGCUCAAGCCCCUGCCGUGCGGCGAGCCCCACAAGAAGAUCUGGGGAUUCGACGGGUACUCGGAGCAGGGGCACUGGUGCAAUGGCAUCGUCAGCGCCUUCACGCCUGCCAGCGGGCGGCCGAGCGGCUACAAGGCCGACUUUUGGGGCAUGCCGCCGCAGCCCAAGAACGGCACCGCGAUCGGCGCCACGAGCGAUCAGCUGUGCAAGCCUCGGUUAGGCUGGUGA